AUGGCUGUGUUCAGCUUGCCCAGGAGCCGGUCACCUCCGGACAAGUGUAGCUUGGUUGAGCGCAUAGUGGAGCUGUGCUCUGUGCCCCCCAUGUCCUCUGUGUCCGAGCCCUCGACCGUGGCAGCGCCGGCGGCUAGAGUAUCCAAGCAGCAGGCGGCAGCUGAAGGUCUUGGCUCCAGCCAGAAAGCCUUGAAGUACUUGGGCCAGGACUUUGAGACCCUGAGGCAGAAGUGCUUGGACUCAGGGGUCCUAGUGAAGGAUCCAGAGUUCCCAGCGUGCCCACCAGCCUUGGGCUACAAGGAUCUUGGACCAUGCUCCCUCCAAACUCAAGGCAUUGUUUGGAAGUGGCCCAUGGAAUUGUGUCCCAGCCCUCAGUUUAUCCUUGGUGGAGCCACGCGUACAGACGUUUGUCAGGGUAUGCUAGGUGACUGCUGGUUUCUGGCGGCCAUUGCCUCCCUCGCCUUGAAUGAAGAGCUGCUUUACUGCGUGGUCCCCAGGGACCAGAACUUCCAGGAGAACUACGGGGGACUCUUUCAUUUUCAGUUCUGGCAGUAUGGAGGGUGGGUGGAGGUGGUGGUGGACGACAGGCUGCCCACCAAGGACGGGGAGCUGCUCUUCCUGCGCUCUGAGGAAGGCAAUGAGCUCUGGAGCGUGCUGCUGGAGAAGGCCUACGCCAAGCUCAACAGUUCUUAUGAGGCUCUCGCUGGCGGGUCCACAGUGGAGGGGUUUGAGGAUUUCACAGGUGGCAUCUCUGAGUUUUAUGAGCUGAAGAAGCCACCAGCCAGUCUGUUUCAGAUCAUCGGGAAGGCCCUUCGAGCAGGGUCUCUUCUGGCCUGCUCCAUUGAUGUCUCCAGUGCAGCUGCAGCAGAAGCCAUCACCAGCCUGAAGCUGGUUAAGAGUCACACAUACUCUGUCACUGGAGUCGAAGAGGUAAACUUCCGGGGCCAUCCAGAGAAGCUGAUGAGACUCCAGAACCCGUGGGGUGAAGUGGAAUGGCUGGGGGCCUGGAGCGAUGACGCGCCAGAGUGGAAUUACAUAGAUCCCAGGCAGAAAGGAAAGCUGGACAAGAAAGCUGAGGACGGAGAGUUCUGGGACCUGCUUUUCCCCCCAGAGACCUCCUUCCUCCAGGAGAUGGGUUCAUCUUCACGGGCCAGUUCUUCACAGGCUGAGAACAAGGAGAUGUUAAUCAUUUCCCCAGAAGACUUGGAGUUUCCUUCCCGGGGGACCAAGUCCACUUACUGGACCAAUCCCCAGUUCAAAAUCUGUUUGGAUGAGGUGGGCGACCACCAGGAGGAGGUUGGUGAACCCGGCUGCACGGUGCUGCUGGGGCUGAUGCAGAAGAAUCGCAGGCGACAGAAGAGGAUGGGGCAGGGCAUGCUCAGCAUGGGCUAUGCUGUCUACAAGCUGGAGAGCCACACGGAUGAGCGCCUGGGCCGGGUCUUCUUCCUGGGCCGCCAGCCUUCCGCCCGGUCCAGCACCUACGUCAACCUGCGCGAGGUCUCGGCACGUGUGCCGCUGCCCCCUGGGGAGUACGCGGUGGUGCCGUCCACCUUCGGGCCCUUCAAGGACGGCGACUUCUGCCUGAGGGUGUUCUCAGAGAAGAAGACCAAGGCCCUGGGCGUGGAAAUUGGGGAUGUAGUAGCUGGAAACCCACAUGAGCCACACCCCAACGGUGAACAAGAAGACAGCCAGCUCUGGAGCCUGUUUGAGAAGCUUGCAGGGAAGGAUUCUGAGAUCAGUGUCAAUGAACUCAAGACGGCUCUGAAUGAGGUGUUUUCCAAACGAACAGACAUCAAAUUCGAUGGAUUCAACAUCAACACUUGCAGGGAGAUGAUCAGCCUGAUGGACAGCAAUGGGACGGGCACCUUGGGGCUGGUGGAAUUCAAGACGCUCUGGUUGAAGAUUCAGAAGUAUUACGAGAUCUAUCGGGAAACUGAUUAUAACCACUCGGGGACCAUUGAUGCCCACGAGAUGAGGACAGCCCUGAAGAAGGCAGGUUUCACCCUCAGCAACCAGGUACAGCAGACCAUUUCCAUGCUGUAUGCAUGCAGCAAACUUGGCAUCGACUUUGACAGCUUCCUUGCUUGUAUGAUCUGCCUGGAGACCCUCUUCAAACUGUUCAACCUUCUGGACAAGGACCAGAACGGCAUUGUCCGGCUCUCUCUGGCAGAGUGGCUGUGCUGUAUGUUGGUCUGA